AUGCAGCUGUUCCAGUCAAUGAAUAUUCCCUUAGGGUUCUUAACCGGUCGUGUGGCGCUCGCCCAAGUUAAGGAUUUUACAAUCGACUUAGAGCCACAUCGAAUGCUUCAACUGGUAGCCCAAACCCAACUACCGGCCGUCGAGGAAUAUCCUGGACUCGGUGGCUCGCUCGGCAUUGAUCUGAACGCUGAUUUGAACCGGUACAAUCAUUACACAACAACUAUCGAAGGCUUAACGAUCCAUUUUGUCCACCAGAAGUCUAGUGAGCCAAACGCAAUACCGCUUAUCCCAAACCAUGGAUGGCCUGGAACUUUCAUGGAUUUUCUUCCAGUGAUAGACCCGUUAACGACAGCAUCCAGCACAUCCAAUAGAACCUCAGCUUCCUUCCAUGUCGUGGUCCCUUCACUACCAGGUUACGCAUUCUCCAGUGCACCACCUGCCACCUGGACGCUAAACGAUACAGCACGCAUUUUCAACACUUUGAUGACUGAUGUGUUGGGAUAUGAGACUUAUGCUGCUCAUGGGUCAGACUUUGGUAGUAAUGUAGCACACAACUUAUACAACAAUUUCAACAAGUCAGUACGCGCAGUUCAUCUUACCGGUAUACCAUUCCUUCCAUUAAGUCCGGUCGAGUUCCCCAAAUACAACAUCACUCUCGAUGCGGAUGAGGAGUUCCAGGAAAAUCUGGUCCUGGGUUUCAACACAGGGUAUGUCAUCGAACACAGUACCAAGACCAACACCAUCGGAUUAGCGCUCCACGAUAACCCCGUCGGACAAUUGUCCUGGAUGGCAGAGAAAUAUAUCUCUUGGUCCGACCCACAAGCAGGAACAUCACCAUCUGUCCUCACACACAAUGAAAUCCUUCGCCAAGUCUCUCUCUACUUCUUAACCAAGUCUUUCGUAUCAUCUAUUUUCACCUACCCGCAAAAUACCGACGCGUAUAGUUCAAGCUACAGCAAGGCGCAAACCGAUGCACCAAUGCUGUUUAGCAGCUUCAAAUACAGCGGUGCAUUCUGGACAGAAAAGGUAGUCUCAUGGGUGGGAAACUUAGUGACUUAUAAUUAUCAUAACUUCGGUGGACACUUUCCGGGAUUGGAUAACCCACCAGCUUUGGUUGAUGAUCUAAGACAGAUUGGAAAUUAUUGGAUGUAUUAA